AUGAAAAAAACCUGCAUCGGAAUCGUUUUUAUCCUGGCAACACACUAUGUCGGAUAUAUUACAAAGGGCGGAUCCAUUCUUCGAGUUUUUUUACUGACGGAAAGUAACUUCAGGUACGAGCACAAGCAACGCCUUGCAGAAAACGAUGUCAUCAGUUAUAUAACUUUGCCGCGACCCCUACUUGUUGGCUGGUAUUUAAUCAAAACGAAGGACAUUCGGUACAUCGACCUGCUAAACAAGUCUAUAGGGGCCACUCUGAAGAUCAGCUCAAAAAGCGUCUUACUUGAAAAAAGAUUGGACGAUCUAUGCAGGAGAAGUCCGGCACAGAAAAAGAAACUAAACGUACGGGGAUCGGUGAAACCACGCUUUGACUUUUGCACCAGCGCUUGCAAAGUCCGACUCUUGAGGAAAGAAGUUGUAGAAAUAAAGGAUUUGGUGGAAGAACGAGUCGAGGAAACUUCUUCCAUUGCAGGACGUGAUGAACUAGUUAAAGCCUUGAAAGAUGAGGUGCGACGGCUCAAGGGAAAUAAUGACUCCUUGAGACAGCAAAUUAGGCACUUGAAGAGGGAAACAUGCGAUGCAAAUGUGGGGACCCCCAUUCCUGAAUUAAAGACCGAACAAAGUAAAAACCGAAAAAUAAAAAUACUAAAAAAUAAAGCAGAGAAAGCACUUGCAUUUGUAGAACUGUUUGGCUUAGAGCUUGAUUUUCUCCAAGUAACUGACUCUGUCAAUGAGAAAAACUACAAUCUGGACUUGUCAACAGCAUGUCAAGGUGGAUCCAAAACAACAGGCCAGAAUGCCCAAUACCUGUCACUUAAUAAAAAGGACAAAGCCACUGUAGAAAGUGUUCUACUUUUGAUGGACAAAUUUGGUGUUGGGGAUGAUUUUAUCCAAAAGGUGUCAAGCAUAGUCGAUGGCUUCCCUAGAGGCUAUAUCAUAAAACAGUGUCACUCAGAGCUCAAUAAACAGUGCAACAUCAGGUCCACUCCAGGACAAGUUCCAGGAGCCCAGUUCUAUUUCAAGGAGAGACUGGUAGAGCAAAUGAAGAGUCUGAUGAGUUGUACACACGCAGUGGCAGUUAUCAAUGGGCCAGAGAAGUAUGAGACAAUAGCAGAGAGCUUGAAAGAUGUUCUUGAUUGAUGCAGUGCAAGAUGAUGGCUAUGUAGAACUUGAUGGCAAGAAGACAAAUGUAGAGUUCUUUCUGGGCGGAGACUAUAAGAGGUGAUAUGAGCAAGGAUAAUGAGUAUUAUGAGAAGGACCCACUACGCAGGACCCUACAGGAUAUCAUCGAGUGUGGAAAAAGAAAGAAGGAAGAGAUUUACUGCUGUGUAAAUAAACCCCUAUUCAACAUCGAACCUGACCACAUACUAAUAGAUGAGCUCCACUUAAUGCUGAGGAUGACAGACAUCCUGAUAGAUAAUGCAAUAGAAGUGCAAUGCAGUGGGAUGAAAAGGAAAAGAUCAGUAAAAGAUCAAACAAAGGAAGCACAAGACAUCUGAGUCAAUCAGUACAAACUAUACGGUCGUGUGGGGUAUCGUUUCAAGUGUGGGAGAAGCUUAAUGCAGAUGGUAGGUGGUACCUAUGACUUCACACUUUGAUGGGUAGCGAUAGAAAGAAGCUUCUGAAAGAGCUCCCAGAGAAGCUCAUUGGUGUCCUACAGCCAUCUACAGCUGCUAGGGUAGCAGAAAUCUGGAAGGCUAAAGAAUGGAUAACCAAAUUUGGUAGCCUUGGUGAUGUGAGGCUUGGCUACAGAAAGAGCGAGUGACAUGCUACAUGCAUGUUGCAGCCUAUCAUGUUCCAGCCAUGAUAAGGCGCUAUCAAAACCUGAAGCAGUUUAGUGGUCAAGGUCUGGAGAAAAAUAAUGAUGAUGCAAGAAGAGUGGUUUUGAGGAAAUCUAACCACCUUGAUGACCCCUGUGAGGUUCUGCGAGCAGAGUUUAGGUUGGGCAAGCUAAUCACAGGGAGAAACUCCCUCGUCCCUUUGUCAAACGGAAUGCCCAAUAUUGGGAAAAGGAAAUUAAGAUGAAGCGAAGACGACGGAACACAAAUUAAGGCUCUACUAACUUUAUUUGUUACCAAGUGCAACUUUAACGAAAGAAAUUGUUACUUUCUCUUGAAAAGCCCUAGGUAAUGAAAAGGCAGGGGUUGUCUGGAGUAUUUCUUUCUUGUAGGGCUAACAAAGCUUCUAACUUUCAUGGAAUAAAAUACUUUGAUCCCCUGUCCAUGCAUGUCAGCCAGCUGAUCCCAGCCCUUUGGAAAAUAUGUGGCAGGGAACUGAUCUCUUUCGAAUAAUUCUGAUUGGAGUCAUUAAAAUUAAAUAAAUAUCUAAAAACAUC